CAACCAGCUGUGAAUUACUUCCACUGAAUUUAUGAAAAUUGAACUUUAAAGUGCAUAACAGAUUUACUACAUGACACCGGACCGCACGAGUGCGUGACGCGAAGAAAAUGUGGCGAGGUGUGCGUUUCUGGCAACAGUUGAGACUUUUAAACCGGCUGUAUUUCGCUUCCCUGAGAGGAAAUCUGGAUCUGGAGAAAUAAUAUUUUACCGUCCUUAUUUACUAUAGCACUGUACUUCACUGUUUUGAUGAAGCUGCAGAUUUGUUCCCCACGUAAAACGCCUCAGGAACAGAAACGCGCGAUGUUUAUUCGUUUUGGGGAGCUUUGGAGCGUUUAGGGUCUCUUCCGAGGUAACAACUGCGCGUCAAAGGACUCAGACCUACUCCAAGAUGUGCCCAGGCGACGCCGCACCGAAACAACGCACUGAAGGAUCACUAAAGGAAGCUGGAAAGCUUUUCUUGAAGCACACGACCUUUCACGGAUUGAGACACGUCUUUCUGAGCGGCUCGUACCCGCGCAGAGUCGCGUGGCUGCUGGCGUUUCUAACGGCGUUAGCGCUGCUUUUCACUUGGUCCUCUAACCGGGUCCGAUACCUGCUCUCGUCGCCGGUGUACAGCAAGGCGCAUAUGGUUUACGCGAAACGCCUCGUAUUUCCCGCCGUGACGAUUUGCAACCAGAACAUCUUACUGCCGCGUCGUAUGAAGAAACCGGACCUCUUUAGCGCGGGACGGUGGCUUGGUCUCUUCGGGAAAAACUGGCAGGUGUCCCCCGCGGUUCGAGAAGCACUUACAUCGCACGUUGACGGAACUAAUAAUGAGCCUCCCUGGUCACCUUUCUCUCGCAUAUUGGACUUCAAUCACUUUCUGCCUCCUCCUCGAGACUCGCAGCCCUCAAUGAGGCAUUUACUGGACCGUCUGGGGCAUCAGCUUGAGGAGAUGUUGCUUUAUUGUCGAUUUCAAGGGCAACUGUGCGGACCGCGCAACUUUAGCACCAUCUUCACACGCUAUGGAAAAUGCUACACCUUCAACUCUGGACAGGAUGGACGGCCACUGCUGAUCACCAUGAAGGGAGGGAUGGGAAAUGGGCUGGAGCUGAUGCUGGAUAUCCAGCAGGAUGAGUAUCUGCCUGUGUGGGGAGAGACUGAUGAGACAUCUUUCGAGGCGGGAAUCAAAGUCCAGAUCCACACGCAGGAUGAACCGCCUUUCAUCGAUCAGCUGGGAUUCGGAGUGGCUCCAGGCUUCCAGACGUUCGUCUCCUGCCAAGAACAGCGGCUGACGUAUCUCCCUCCUCCAUGGGGCGACUGUAAGGCAACACCCAUGGACUCUGAUUUCUUCAACACAUACAGUAUCACCGCCUGCCGCAUCGACUGCGAGACACGAUACCUGGUGGAGAAUUGCAACUGCCGCAUGGUGCACAUGCCCGGAGAUGCUCCAUAUUGCACUCCGGAACAGUAUAAGGAAUGUGCAGAUCCGGCUCUAGAUUUUCUGGUGGAAAGAGACAAUGACUACUGCGUUUGCGACACGCCCUGCAACAUGACGCGCUACGGAAAAGAGUUGUCCUUCGUCAAGAUCCCCAGCAAAGCCUCUGCCAAAUACCUGGCCAAGAAGUACAACAAGACGGAGCAGUACAUUGCAGAAAACAUCCUGGUGCUGGACAUCUUCUUUGAGGCCCUGAACUUCGAGACUAUAGAGCAGAAGAAAGCCUACGAGUUAGCCGGCCUUCUUGGUGACAUUGGCGGACAGAUGGGGCUGUUCAUCGGGGCCAGUAUCUUAACCAUCCUGGAGCUCUUUGACUACCUGUAUGAGGUGAUCAAGUACAAACUGUGUCAUUGUGCCAAGAAGAAACACCAGCGGAGCAACAACAACGAACGAGGAGCCGUUCUCAGCCUGGACGAUGUGAAGCGUCACGCACCCUGUGAAAACCUUCAUACCCCAUCAACCUACCCAGCCAACAUGCUACCUCACCAUCCUGGCCAGGGCAACUUCGAAGACUUCACCUGUUGAGCGUAAAACAAGAGCGGCCUGUCUGACAGAGAACAACCAAAGCUGACCACAUCAGUACGGACCCCAUUCACAACCGGACAUUACAGAACAACCUUCUGGAUCUGCCACACACUGGAAAACCACCAUGUCUUGAGAUAUAUCCAGACAUCGGAGGAAUGGUACCGAUCAACAAAGUAUAUUUUCACUAACACGUUCCAUGGAAAACCAUUGAUGUUUUUUGAACAUUUCAAGGAAAUACUGCCUCAAAAACGAAACUCCUUGAAGCCUAAGAAAUUACACAUUAUGUGACUUGGACAUCGAAUAGCUUUCUGCAGCUGGACCCUGAUGCCUUUUAUGUACAUAGUGACGGCUCUAAACUGUCUUAAGACCAGUGGCUUACGUAGGUCAGUAGAUAAAUAUAGCGCUUAUUCACUGUAUGUAGCCUCAUUAGUCCUAUCUGCUGGAUCUAUUCAGCCUCAGUGUAUCUCACAAGAAUGUAACUUCCCGAACAAAGGUGACCAUUACAAAUGUCAAAGGGGGAUUUCAGGGUUCUGGAGGGUUCAGGUCCCACAUGACAUUGUGUUACAGGUCUCAUCUUGUAAAUGCAUGCUGGUCGUUCUGUGCAUGUUUUUAGUUUUAUUUAGAUUUCAUUAUUACUCUCGCCAAGUUUGCCUCAAUUAUAUACAAGUGUUGGGAGAUGGUGUAAAGUUUGUUUUUGUGUGUAUAUGCGUGCGUGCGCAGGUUUAGCUGUUCUUGUGGGGAUGAAGUUUCUCAGUGACCCCAGAAGAACAGCAAGCUAACAAAAGCACCUUGUGAGAGCCUCUCUACAAGGAAACAACGAUUCAAAAUGAAACUAAACAAUGUAUAAAUUAAUAUCUAAAAAUGCCAAAAAGGUUUAUUUUAAGUUUAGGAUUAGUCUGUUGUAUAAUUAGCAUAUCUGACAAACAAUAAAUGGGAAUGGGAAGUCCCCAAAAGUAUACAGUGGCCCCAAAAGAUAUUUGGACACUUAAAGUAUUCUUUCAAAUGUGUCAAAAGUUGUUGCAUUAGAUUGCACAUCAAAAAUGCUGCAGAAUUGUUUUGGUGAUUUUUAGUGGAUCUAUCCGUUUUUAAUUUUUAAGACUACUGCAACAAAUAAUUUUUUGUCAAAUGUUUUGUCACUUUAUUUUAUAUUUUGUGACUGACAAUGACAUUCACAGCCUGUUUACACCUGGCCACUUAAUGUGUUUUCUUGCAUUUUCUUGAAAAGACCAGGUGUAAAUGCCCUCCGAAACGCUUUCGAGAUGGAUUUAAAUCUGAUCACUCAGACCACUUCAGGAGGUGGUCUGGGCCACAUUCCAGACGAAGCUAAACAAGUGUAAAUGCAUCUGGUUGUUGAAACCACUUAGUGUUGUCCACAGUACCGACCACGAUAUCAGUCGGUACUGAAAUUUUAAAAACAUCCAUUUCCCACUAACAUUUGAGCACUGUUGAGCGGAUUAUUAAACAUGACAUCUGAUUGGUCAUUGUGUUUGUGAGCGCUCGGUGAAGAGCAUGAAGCGUUGAUCAUUGUAGCCAAUCACAGUCAUACUGUAUAUGUUGAGCAUGUGAACACAAUGGCCAAUCAGCCGCAUUUAAGAAUCCGCUCAACGGUGCUCAAAUGUUAGCCAGAAAUUGACAUUUUUAAAACUUUAGUAACGACUGACAUUUUGACUCCUCCCAAAAUGUUAAAAUAAUAAACGUGUGAGAGCAUGUUAUAGGCUAUAUGACAUGUUAUAGUCAGAUUUGACAGAGCUAAUGCAACAGGCAUCACCACGGAUGAGUAGCUGAGUAUCUCUUCAGCAAGCCGACGCGCAAACUGCCGUAAAUGAAACAAAGUAAGAC